AUGGCUUCUCUACCGUACGGAGUUUCGAAUCUAUGCAGCGGACAUCAGGAGUUUGUGUCGGGUGCUGUACGGAUUCUUCCGAUUGGGCUACAAAUCACAGGAGGAUCCAGAGCUGCGAAGAAAGCCUUAUAUAGAUUCGAGGGACAUGGAUUGUCAUCAUCAUCACCAUUAGUAGAAAGGAGAGAGAAGCAAAGAAUGAGAUGUAAAGUGAGCUCGAACUCUACUGAAACUGAAGAAGAUUCUGUCGGAAAGACCAAGAAGACGCCGUUUGGAUACACGAGAAAAGAUGUUCUGUUGAUAGGAGUUGGAGUGACGGCACUUGGAAUUGGGUUAGAGAGUGGACUUGAGUAUGUGGGAGUAGAUCCGUUGCAAGCAGGUAAUGCGGUGCAGCUUAUACUGGUGCUGGGAUUAACAUUGGGUUGGAUAUCGACUUACAUCUUUAGGGUCGGUAACAAGGAGAUGACUUAUGCUCAGCAACUCCGUGACUACGAGUCUCAAGUCAUGCAGAAACGGUUAGAGAGCUUAUCGGAAGCAGAGUUAGAGGCAUUGAUGGAACAGGUUGAUGAAGAGAAGAGACAGGUUUGA